AUCUGUGGCACCUUGACUCAAGGUUAAUUUUUAAAUUAUGCCGAGAGUAUAAAUACGGCGAAUGUCUUCAGUGUUUAACAGUUGUUUGGAUCAGGUCCUGGGUAUAUUCUACAGACCUAUUCUAUAUACUGUAUAUUUUAAUUGUUCACAGAACUAAGAUACAGGAUGGGGAUGACUGACUUAGACCUUGUUAUCAGAGACUGGGCUGAGCGACAGGCUCGGGUAGUGGGCAACACUUCUCAAAACAUCUCAAUGGAGAUAGACUGGAGCAAGGUGAGGCAGUCCACUGCCAACACAACCUUUACCCCUUCCGGCCAGCUGCACGGUGCUAGAUCUCAGGUCAUCUUCACCUCCAACUACGACAACAACACCGACGAAGUGCAGAAUCACACGUUCCAGAUGGACCGAUCAACUGAAGCCACAGUCAAGACGUUCGUCACAAAGGGCUUUCUCCAAGAACGGAAACGUCGGCAUCAACAUUGACGUGCCUCCGUCAGUCUCUGGGAUGACGGGCGGCUUUGGGAGCGACAUCGUGGUGGCGAGUGAGGACGAGAACACGGUGAAGCAUGCCGUCUCGUGGGGGUUGAACUCCACAGUAAAGGCUCAGCCCAACAAGAGGACCGUUGCUGAACUGAAGAUCACGGAGACUGACUAUAACUGUACUUUUGAGGCAGAGGUUCACAUCCGCGGUCGCGUCAUCGUCAGGGUCAGCAAUGGCGGCUCCACUCAGGUGGUCGAGGGCGACAUUGCAACUAUACUGGGUGAUAACCUCAAGGCUGCCGCGCGCAACGAUGGCCUGAUGUCCAUUCAGGGCAGGAAGGUCAGCUGGAAGGUGAAGGGUGGACUUCGCUUCCGGUUCGGGGUAUCCCAGGACGUCAACGUGAAGAGCGAGAAGCUGCCAAGUCAGUAGCCGUAUUGGGACUUUGUCAGUUCAAACAACUAAUAUUAUACCUGCCACGUGUGAAGACAAAUGUCGUGUAUGUUUAUAAACGAAGGCGUCACACAUGCCGCUCAAUGGACAUAAUGUAAAGCAGUUACCAUAUAUGACUUGCCAUGCCCUGAGUACAAACAGUUUGUUUUUGUAGUUAAACAGAAUUAUGAUCACUCAAUAAACAAUAGCAU